AUGGAGAUCAGCGCUCUCUACAUCAGACUGUUGAUGACCAUCAUGAUUCAUCUGGGUGUACAGGAUGAGAAAGUUGCUGGUCCUGUGAUCCUGGAGAGUCCUGCUGUUCCUGUGUUAAUGGAAGAAACUGUGACUCUGAGCUGCAGAAGCAAAAUUCCAUCUUCCAACUUCAAAGCUGAUUUCUACAAAGACGGAUUUUUCACCCACAGAAGCUCCACAGGAAGCAUGACCAUCCAGAGAGUUUCCAAGUCAGAUGAAGGACUUUACAAGUGUAGCAUCUCAGGAGCUGGAGAAUCACCAGAGAGCUGGCUGAAAGUCACAGAUUCUCAAAAUGUAAAUUACACGAUUAAUCCAGACAAAGAAGCGUGCCAUUCCUCCUCUGCUGCCACACCUUGGAUCAUUGCCACCAUUUUAGUCAGUGCUCUGUUGGUGGCAGUGGGACUGUAUCACUUUGGCAAAGGUUACUGUAAGAAAGAGGCUGGCUCAGUGGAAGAAGGCAGAGCAACAUAUUCUGCUGUAAGAAAGACAAGAGAAGCAGGACCCAGCAGAGCGAUGUCCUCAGCAGGUCCCUGCCAACCCACUGCAGUGGAUCCCUUCUAUUCUGUAAUACAGUUGAAGAGAGAGAACUGUCUGAAGAUUUAA